CAACUCUGCACAGCCCAAGCAGACCAACUUUAAGACUUUGAAUGAACAUAUAUACAUUCACCUUUCUCUUCAUGUCGACUUUUCUGGAAACAUUCACACGGAUGCCAUGGUUACUCCUACCACGGUGAACAAGGUGAUGUCCAUCUUGUUUUAUGCGAUAUUUCUUGCUUAUCUUCGUGGCAUCCAAUCAACAAACAUGGAUCAAAGAAAUUUACCAGAAGAUUCAAUAAAUUCUCUCAUUAUUAAACUCAUUCAGGCAGACAUUUUGAAAAACAAGCUUUCAAAGCAGAUGGUAGAUAUUAAGGAAAAUCAUCAUAACACAUUGCAGAAAGCAGAGACUCAGCAGGACAUCGAUGGAGUUGAAAAUGUGAAAUCAGACUUCCAGCCAGUUGUUCCAGUGGAUACUGACCUCUUAAGGCAGCAAAGACGUUACAAUUCUCCCCGAGUCCUCUUGAGUCACAACACACCACUGGAGCCCCCACCACUGUAUCUCAUGGAGGAUUAUAUUGGAAGUUCAGCGGUCAUGAAUAGAACCUUACGAAGUAAAAGGUAUGCAGAGCACAAGAGCCACCGAGGGGAAUAUUCUGUUUGUGACAGUGAGAGCUUGUGGGUUACGGACAAAUCCUCUGCUAUCGACAUUAGAGGACACCAGGUAACAGUUCUGGGAGAAAUUAAAACAGGCAAUUCCCCAGUUAAGCAAUACUUUUAUGAAACAAGGUGCAAAGAAGCCAAGCCUGUAAAAAAUGGCUGCAGAGGCAUCGAUGAUAAGCACUGGAACUCCCAAUGCAAGACUUCCCAAACUUAUGUUAGAGCACUGACUUCAGAAAACAAUAAACUGGUAGGAUGGAGAUGGAUCAGAAUAGACACCUCCUGUGUGUGUGCAUUAUCAAGAAAAAUAGGAAGAACAUAAAUCUGCAUCUCUUGGCUAUAUAAAUUAUUACUUUAAAUUAUGAUAUG